CUCAAAACUACCGUCAUUAUCACGAAGGCUUGAUUUUCGGUGUGAUCAUACCAAAGUGCGGGACUUCACAGUCUUAAUUCAAGAACCCAAUCCCAUUCCGCAGCACAAGACUUGGCGACGGCAGUAUGAGUUCAGGUAGAAGAAGAAGCAGUAGACUUAUUCAGAGCCCAUGGGUAUUCAAUUGGACGAAGAAGCAGCCUGAGUUUGUAACGAUUGAUGAUGAUGGGGAUAGCAGCAAAAGGGGGGGGGUUGUCUCUGGGGGUACGUUACUUAAGAAGAAAGUUCGUGGUAGCGUUAUUGGCAAAUCUCAUACAGUGGGGUACACACCUACAAGACUGGACACCCGCAGCGAGUGGAUGGAACCCGAAAUAGUGAUGACGAGAGACCUGGCCGAAGAGGAUGAUGCGUUUAUGACGCCUAGAGAACAGUUUAGCAACUCUGGGAGGACUGUUUCAGGGCAUAUUGGUAGAAAGUCGGGAACUUCGGGAAUGGCAGAAAAAGCGCGGGGGCAGAGGGCUUCAAGUCGGAAGAAGAUACAUAGCCAGUUGACAGCUGAGGGACAUGAUGCUGCUGCGUUGUCUAAACAGAAAAAGCUGAAAGUUGGCUCUGGGACUCCAAAAAUAUCUGAGACACGUAAGCGUGCAGCGAAGGCUAUUUCUAGAAGGGCUCAUUUAGCAGUAAACAACUGUGGGAGAUUUACUUGUACUGCAUUUUAA